AUGGAGACUGUGAACGAAGUGCUUUCGAACCUCUUCCCAAAUGGUUUCACUGAUAUAUUUCGAUUCAGCUAUGCGUCGGAACAACCAACUCCAGCAGCUGAUAUUCCUAUACCAGAUGUAGAAGAGAGGCCUAAACCAACUAGUGUCCCAUCGCCUGAGACGAAAAUAACACCAGCACCCAGUAGCACAACUACCACAACGACUACCGAGAAACCACGAGAAUCGCGCGGGAAAGCAUUUUUCAGCUACGAGACAAGCAUUUCCAAGGAGUAUCGGCGCGAACUACGUCCAGGGCAUACAGAGAUUGUGGUGGAGAAGCUUGAGCUGCUGCCGCGUAGCACUAGCACGGGUAGCGGGGAAUUCAGUGAUGGUAGUAAUCUGAUUACCAAAGAUGAGCUGUUGCGGAUCAAUCGAGCGGCAGCAGAUUCGCCGGUGCUACCCAGCUUGUUGAUGAAUCCCAGUGAGGGCAACUCAACUGUAACGGCCGCGAGCCCGGCAGGCAAGCAAGCGCCCAUAAUUAUAUUGAACGACGACGAUAGCGCCGAUAUGGAGGGUAUUAGCGCAGAGGAUAAUCUCAUUGCAGAGUCUCAGAAUAUUGGGCAGCGUGUUUAUCAGCUGUUGCCAGUUGGUGAUAAGCCAUAUAGCGACAAGUUUAGUGUGCAAAAGCAACAAUUGCGACCAGGGUCGGAGUUAAACCAGCGGCCAAUUUUCGUGCCCGAAGAACAACAACCGGAAGAAGAACCUAGCGGUGAUAAGGCGGAAGCGCCGAAGGCAGCACUGUCGAACCAACAACUCGAUACUUUUCAAGAGCAUGCAGAACAAAGUUUCCGUCAAUUGAACCUGGUACAGGAGGCACCAUCACGGAAAUUUUUGCGAAAUUUUAAUCCGGUUUUGUCCACGGGGGCGAGUACGUUGACGCCGAAGGGGGUGUUCCACUAUGAAGCGAAUGCGUUGCAGCCGAAUUACUAUGUGCAGGCAGGAAAAAGUGGAGAGCUGGCAACUAAGCAGGGUUUAGAGAGCGGCAGAGGGUCUGGAAAAGUUCAAAGUGCGGCUCCAGCUGAGCAGCAAUACGACAAAGAUGCGGCCCAACUACGUUAUUUCAAAGAGCAACAAUAUUUACAGCAACAACAGCAAUUACUGCAACAACAGCAACAAUUGCUGCUACAACAACAACAGCAAGAGCAGCAACGUCAACAACAUGAAAUGCUGGUACAACAACAGCAGCAACUACAGCGGCAGGAGAAGAUGCAGCAGCAGCAGCAACAGCAGUACCACCAACAACAGCAACAACGGCAAGAGGAAGAUAGAAGAGGGCAACAGCUUUUCCAACCAUCCUCACAGAAACCUCAACAACAGCAACAGCAGCAGCAACAACUGCAACAAUUUCACAAAGAGCUGAAAAGCCAGCAACAAUAUGUUUCUCACCACCAACAACCACCCCUACAACAACAUUAUGCAAUUUUCCAGCAGCAUCCGCCGCCCCAUGAGUACAAGCAGACGCAACAGGGCCAACAACAAAACCAAUACGUAAUGCAGCAACAGCAACAUCAAAAGGAAGAAGAAGAGAAGGCACGCAAGCAGCAGCAAGAACAACAAAAACAGCGAGAAGAACAAUUUAGAAAGCAGCAACAGCAAGCACAACAUGAAAACCAACAGCAACAAGAACAUCAAGCAUUGCAACACCAACAAGCACAACACGAAAAACAACAACAACAACCAUUGCAACUACAGCAGAGCACACAAUCUCAGCAGCAACAACACACCAACCAACCAUCACCGCUUAAACCUGUUUCCAAGCUUCAUACAAAAAUCGUAAGCGACUCAGAACCGGCAUCCGCUUCGUUGGACCAUCAAACUUACCAACAUCCCUUGGAGUCAGCAAUCACAUACAGCGAGCCAGCCACGCCCACACCCCACAGUGUGGUCUUUGUAACCUUAAACACGCCGUCUUCACAAGCGUCACGGGCACACAGCACCCGCCCCGCCUUUGCGCAAAAAUCCCCUUAUGAGUACGUCUCCGAAGCGGCAGGCGCGGCGAGCCAACAUGCACCAUCGGCGCCACCAACGCCAGCAGCCAUAGUGAAACGACCACAAGGCGGCUACACCUUUGUUGAAGUACAAAAGUCGGUGAAUAUCCACAACAAGUUGAUCACAGAGAAGGAUGGCAAGUUGGUGGAAGAGCACGAGACAUUUUAUCCACAACAACAAUAUGCCAUUUACCAACAGCAAACCGCAAAAGCGCAACCGCCUGCACCGCCCUCAUCGGCGCAAACACCACCACCAUCGCCACAACACAAGUCACCAGGGCAAGCACCCAAGCCAGCGACCGCACCUGAGUCACCUUACGUUGAGGUCCCUUACACGCACUAUCCCUUGCAAUAUGCACAGCAGCUGUCUUUGCUGGAAGAAGGGGUUCAUCCAAAUGAUUAUUACUUUGUGCCCAGGGAGUACGCGUCGCUCUCUGCUAAUCCCAUCAACGUGCAACACAUCGAUGAGCCUGAAGAGCAAGAGGAAGCAUCCUCCUACACCCACAUUGAGCAAGCAUUACCGUUGCAUGAUCAGGUAGUACCGCAACCACAUGCCCAAGCACAAGUCGGCCAAGAGCAGGCACAUCCACAGCAAUAUGUACAGUAUACACAACAUUACGCCCAACAGCCCGUAGAGCAACAUGCUCCGCAACAUGAACAUCAACCGAUUCAACAGCCGCCACAACAAGCGCAUGGAGAACAUCACCACCAGCCUGUUGCAGAGAAAGAAAUUGUAGAGAAGGUGGUGGAACAUCAAGUUGAGAAGAUCGUUGAGCGUCCAGUGCAUAUACCCUACCCGGUGCACGUACAGCAAUUCAUCGAUCGUCCCUAUCCCGUGCAAGAAAUAGUCGAGACGCACAUACCCGUGCCCUACCCAGUACCGGAACCAGUGCCAGUGCCUGUGCACGUUGACCGCUACAUCGAGCGUCCCUACCCAGUGGAAAAGAUCGUCGAGAAACGUGUGCCUUACCCCGUGGAGAAAGUUGUAGAAAAAAUUGUGGAAAAAGAAAUACCCGUCGAAGUGGAAAAGGUAGUUGAGAAGGUGGUUGACCGCCCUGUGCCUAUACCCAUACGUGUACCCGUCGCAGUACCAGUGCCUUAUGCACAACAAUCGUUGCCCGACUACAAUGAAAAUGCAGACAUUUUCGAUCCCCCAUUCUACUCGCAUCCCAAUGCACUCGGUUGGCCUGAACCAACGGGUGCUAUUGAUUUCAGUGGUCGCAGUCCAGUGGGUCAGCAAAUACCACCGAAAGUGUUGCAGAACUACUAUACACGCAUGCUGAAGAAACUGUUGCCACAAGUGCAGGCACAGCGAGGUACGGCGCCAACAACAACAACCGCUACCACAGUAUACACACAUACCCAAGCGCGUCUUAAGACACCAUCAACUGGUACGACUAAGCCUUUCAAAUCUACCAAAUCACAAAAGUCAGUGGCAGGAAGUGUCACAACGCCGAAGCAACACUCCUUCAAGAUCGGCGAUAUACGUUUCGACUUGAAGCCUCCGCCACCACCGCCCACCGGACCAGAAUGGACGAAAGGUUCGCGCUAUAUUUACAAUACUUUACCGCAUGAUCUUUCAGUGGCCGACACGUCUGACUCCGAUCAACUGACGGAUGCGUAUUCGGUUCCAUUUCCAUCGCAUAACGAGCCGUAUGACGAAUUCCAACGCUGGCGUAAUGGACACAGUUUGAAGCGUAGUCCACAAUUCGGUAGAAAUUUGCAAAUGGAAUAUGGCUUCAAGCCGCCGCUGGUGCCCUCUGUGGAGAUCAAUGAUCAGGGCAUACCAUUAAAUGCAGACGCAAAGAAGGCAGAUUAG